AUGGACGCUCUGCUGCAAAAGACUGUUGGGUGGAUCCAUUGUCGGGAUGCCCAGCCGGGGGUGGUCAAGGACAGGGGAAUGAUUGGCGAUGGCAAGAAAAGUCUGAACAGUGGUUCGGUCCUGCAACGCAGCAAUGGCAGGGCAGCCACCGACGAGACUGUAGAUUUGGAGACUGAAGAUGGAAAACUGGAGAAGUUUCAACGCUCCAGGCAGAUGUGUACAUUCAGGGCCGCAGUGCACUAG